AGACAAGGAACUUGACAACUCCAAAUGCGAGAUCUAGUACCUUGUUAACACAACAUAUAUCUGCGUAUCAUAAAGAUCUGUGAUACUUGUUUAAACUGCUUUAUUUGACUUUAAUUCAAGUGUUUCUUUUUAUUCUUUUUAUAGAUAUUAUAUUCAGUUGCAACCUCGUUAUAGAGAGAAAUGGAGGACCAGGUAGCUCAUCUCGUGGAUAAAACAUGGGAGAAAUUCCAGCAGCUGUCUGCGGACCGUCGGUUCUUGAUCGCCAUAGCCGGCAUCCCAGGCUCAGGCAAAACAACCCUCUCCCAAAUCGUUACCGCAGCCCUCAACGCGCGGCAUGCAAGCCUGCACCCAGAAGUCCCCGAGGCCGUACCGCCCGCCGUCUUCGUGCCCAUGGACGGGUACCACUUAACGCGGGCGCAGCUAUCCGCCAUGCCGGACCCGGCUCUUGCCCACGCGCGCCGCGGCGCCGAGUUCACGUUUGACGGGCCCGCAUUCCUGGCCCUGGUCAAGGCGCUGCGUACUGUGCCGCCUCCGCCUCUGCAGCCGGUGUAUGCGCCGAGUUUUGAUCAUGCGGUUAAGGACCCGAAACCGAAUGAUAUCGCGAUAUUGCCGGCGCAUAGGAUUGUGGUUUUUGAGGGGAAUUACGUGUGCUUGGAUAAGGAGCCGUGGCGCGAGGCUGCACAGCUGAUGGACGAGAGGUGGUUCGUCGAUGUAGACUUUGAAACGGCGAGGAGGCGACUAGUGAAGAGACAUGUCGAGGCCGGGAUUGCGAAGGGCGAGGAGGAAGCUGGUAAACGUGCUGAUGAGAAUGAUCUUGUGAAUGGAGCGCAGAUUGUAAAGGAGAGGGUUGAUGUCCAUGAGAUCAUAAAGAGCAAAGAGGAUGGGAAGUGGGUUCAUAAAUGAGCAGCAUAUCAAGCGGAACAUAUUCUCUAUAUAUAUGUUAAAAAGAAUCCUAAAAUUUACACGUA